AAUCGCUGGUUCUCCCCCUGGCACUUUGCGGAGAGAGAUGCCACCACACCUCUUGAGGAAGCCGUCGUAAAUAAUCCAUCAGCGUCAAGCGACAAGCGCGGACACCCAGAGGAGCAGUAGUGAAAGCGCUUGCUGAAGUGAAGUGUGCGAAUUGCGAAUCUCGCGCAAUCCAUAUAAAAAGGCACCUGUCGCGAGCGGUCCAGAAUUAGUACGCCGGGAACAAUCGGUAGGGGUGGAUAUCCUUCGAUGCUUUAGAACAAAACGGUUACAGUUUGAAGUGUGUUUGAAGAGAGGCUGCAGAUUUGGGUAAAGCAGAUUGAGGUGGUGAAUAUAUGUGUACACAUAAUCAGCGAAAGGAAAAGUGAAUACAGACGACGGAAGUGUGUGCGUUUGGUUUUUACCUGAUCGAGCCAUCACUCUUUGACCCGAAAAUGACCUCAACCAAUCGGAGCGGUUUAAUUGCCAUUUUCGGCCUAAGCUUACUGCUGGCGCUGGUGCGGGCAGACGAUUGGCACUAUCCAACGCCCGCACCCAACGGAGUGGUCAACGAAACGGAACGCUGGGGUGGACAGUGCGACACCGGCCGGCGUCAAUCACCCAUCGAUUUGACGUACCAGGCGGCGGUCAAAGGGGAGUUCUCGCCAUUCCUUUUCAACAACUACAUGAGCCCGAUCCGAAACGCAAAACUGACCAACACAGGCCAUUCGGUUCAAAUCGACAACGAUGACCCAACGGUGACGAUGUUUGGUGGAGGCAUCCCGUCCAAGUUCGUCCUGGACCAGAUGCAUUUUCAUUGGGGUUCCGAGCACACCAUCAACGGCGUCCGGUACGCGCUGGAGUUGCACAUGGUCCAUCAUGAUGCACGCUACAAAACACUGGCGGAAGCAGCCGCCGUUAAGAACGCCGUCGCCGUUUUGGGUGUGCUCUUCCACGUUUCCCAGCAGGACAACACCCACCUAGACGUGGUGCUGGAAACAUCCAACGACAUCCGGGACGAGGCGGGAAAAAGUGCCACACUCAAGGGUAAACUAUCGCCACACAACCUGCUGCCCAAGAAUCGAACCUCCUAUUUCCGGUACGAGGGCUCGCUGACCACACCGACCUGUGCUGAGUCCGUCAUCUGGACGGUGUUCACCGAGAGUCUGCCCGUCUCGUUGGAUCAGGUGGAACUGUUCAAGAUCAUCCACGACCAGGCGGGUCACGAGUUGCUGAAUAAUUACCGCUCGCUACAACCGCUGAAUGCUCGUGCUCUUGUGUAUACCACCGAUUUGGGUGGCGCUAGCGGAAGUGGUGCAGGAUCGGUUAGGUUGGGGUUGCUGACGCUCAUCGGUACGCUGUUGGUAGCAGCUGUCCGAAGGGGAUGCGCAAUGUGAAGUGUUUCACUUGUGAUUGAACGGUGUAAAUAAAUGCUCCCCGGAGAAGGGGUAAUCUAUGAGAUUGCUGGGGCUUUGUUGAACCAGAGUCGUUUUUUGUAGCAUAACAUAGUCAAUGUGUCCCAAAGAAAAUCGGUUGUAAGUGAGUUUAUAAUACAUUAUUAUAAUUACUCUAAACAGAAUUUAAUGAAUGUUAGCAAUAUAG